AUGUUGUAUUUUCAGACAACAGGAAGUAACAUCCUGAAAAUCAUUAGCUUGGUCAAACAAGUGGUCAAUAGCCGGCACAUAAGUUUGACGAGAAUGGCUAAAAGUAAAUUUGAAUAUGUAAAAGAAUUUGAACGUGAUGACUGUUGUUUGCCAAAUUGUUGGAUUGUGGUUAGAAUAGAUGGAAGAAACUUUUCGAAGUUUUGUGAAGCACAUCAAUUUAAUAAGCCGAACGAUGUAGCUGCUUUGCAAUUAAUGAAUCGCGCGGCUAUUACGGUUAUGGAAGAUUUUAAAGAAAUCAUAAUAGGCUUUGGUCAAAGCGACGAAUAUUCUUUUGUCUUUCGAAAAGAUACUGAACUUUACAAACGAAGAGCUUCAAAAUUAAUGACAAAUGUGAAUUCUCUCUUUGCAUCAUCAUAUGUUUAUCACUGGCCUCGUUUCUUCCAAGGCAAGGAAUUAUAUUAUCCACCAUCUUUUGAUGCUCGUGUUAUAUUGUAUCCCACGGAUAAAAAUUUAAGGGAUUACUUAGCAUGGCGACAAGCUGAUGCUCAUGUAAACAAUUUAUAUAAUACCUGUUUUUGGAAUCUGGUACUAAAAGGAAAGCUAACUCCAUCUCAGGCCGAAGGAAAGCUUAGAGGUACAUUGGCAUCACAUAAGAAUGAAUUACUGUUUCAAGAAUUUGGUAUAAAUUACAACAAUGAGCCACCGCUUUUCCGAAAGGGUACUACACUUAUAAGGAAAUUAGUACCUGAUGGAACAGGUAGAUUAAAACCUGCAGUAGUUCCGUUGGUAGAUGACAUUAUUGGAGAUCGUUUUUGGAAAGAAAAUCCAGAAGUACUGGGAUUAAAAAGUUUAGCGACUUAUCAGCCUCCAAAUUUAGUUAAUAAUGUUAAUGCAAAUCCAAUCAGAACAACAAAGCCACCGUCUCCAACUGCAAACAUGAAACACAUUAAUAAUACUCCACCACCCCCAGUUGCUAAUGUGAAUUCUAUGAAUGAAGAAGUGCAUCCAACAAGAAAUCGAGAAUCAGAUGGAGAAAGAAUGCAGUGUGAAAGUGAACGAAUUUGUAGAAGAUAAGAAGUUUUAUCGUCUUUUUAUAAUAAAUUUGAAAAAUAUCCUAACGGAAAAUAAUGAAAGUUUAUUCCAGUAAUACUAAGAAUACUUUAUCUGAAACUGUAGUAUUAUAAAAUAUUAAUUAUUAGUGAAAGAAUUACAAAAUUCAGAAUUAAUAAUUCUGAUUAUAUCUAUGAUUUCUUUGUAAUUCCUUCACUUGAAAAUUAAGUUUUAUCUUACUACUUUUUUAGAAAUUAUAUUUUUCUAUGAUAAAUUGCAUUUAUGGAUAUAUAUGUACAUAUAUACAUAUAUACAUGAACAUGUUACAAAAGUGUUUUAGAGAAAUAUAUAUAUAUAUAUAUAUAUAUAUUUCACAAAUAUUUUUCGUUAGGAUUUUAUAUUUUGAAACUUAUUCAAUUUCAGUAUCGCAUUUUCUAAUAGCAAAAAAUAUUGGAUAAUCUUAAAUUAUUUAUAAAAUGAAAGGCUGGUCUAGAGUAAACGUACUAAGAAUUUCAUAAAAAAUCUUGUUUAUAUAAAUGGUAUAUACUAUAGACAUGUUUCAUGUACUACAAAUUUAUAUUCAUUUGUGUUACUAAACUACUUUGAGUUAAUUUCAAGUAUAAAAUUUUAUAAUUUUGCAUGUGUAUGUUUGUAAGUUUUAUAAUAAUUGAUUUGAAUCAUACAAUGAGUGAAUUUGAACGUUAUUAUAUGCUCAUAAUAUUAUUAAAUUAAAUACUACUUUGUUAUUAGAAGAAACAUGCAAAGUAUAAACUUUUAGAAAUAAAAGUAUUGUAAGUAUUUCCUCAUUAAGUUAUUUAUAUUUUUCAUUGUAUGGACACACUUAAUUGAUUAAUUAAAUAUUUGUUUUUGAUAUAUAAUUGACUAUAAAAGUAUCGUGUGCUUUGUAUGUUCUGUUAUUUGUAAUGUUCUAAUAUUUUUUGGGGAUAAAAAUGGAGAAAAAUGGAAAAAUUUAAUUUAUAAGAUAUUAUUAUUUGAAUUUAAUAUUUUAAACCUAUGGAAUGCAUUAUAUAUUAUUUUAUAUUACAAUAGAGUCAAUAAUUACAACAUCAGAUAAUAUCAAACAUAAUAUAUACUGAUCUACAAUAAAAUACACUAUGUACAUUUAUAUGAUGUAAACUCUUGUUAUGUAUGACAAUAAUACUAAAUAAUUACAUCUGUUCAGUUUGGCUAGACACAUAGUCAUUUUUAUUUUAAUUAAUUAAAUAAUUAUAUAUUUUUAUCAGUUUA